AUGUUUUGUGAUGUUCUUUGAGCUGUGUCAUCUGAACAACAUUUACCUCCAUUUCUAAAAAAGGAUUUUAAAGUUUGAUGAUUUUGCUUGAAUUGGCUGGCUUUAGAAGACUAAAGCUUAACCUGUACUCCGAAUUGGUACUUGUGCUUAAACUUUAGAUUUAGAACACGUUUCUUGAGGGUUCUUUAUAAUAUAUGGAUGCAAAUCUUUGACCAGCAGGAGCAACCACGUGCAUGCUGCCACUUCUUGACCUAAGUCAUUCAAUUUAUUAGUAAUAUAGUAUUCAAUAUUGAUCCCUCGCAUCAGCUUAAAACCUCAUGUUUCAACUUCAAACACAUUAACUUUGCCUUAAUCUCUGCUAAUCUGAAAUCUUAGCAACGCAAAUCUGAAUUUUGCAUCUGCGUACUUCGGAAAAUGAGUACCCCAUCUGUUCAACUCAUUUCUGAAUGCUUCAUCAAGCCGUAUAGCCCCAUCGAAGACUCAAACCAAAUAUGCUAUCUAACACCCUGGGAUAUAGCUUUGUUGUCUGUGCACUACAUCCAGAAGGGCCUGCUCUUCAAGAAGCCUGAAUCAAUUGAUAAUCAACAAGAUUUCAUGAACAACCUUUUGGACAACCUCAAACACUCUCUUUCUCUUGCACUUGACCAUUUCUAUCCACUCGCCGGUCGCCUUGUAACCCAGAAAACCCAAGACCCUCUCUCUUAUGCAGUUUUUGUUGAUUGCAUAAACAGUCCUGGAGCUGGAUUCAUCCAUGCAACUCUAAACAUGACCAUAUCUGACAUCCUCUCCCCUGUUGAUGUCCCACCUGUUGUUCAUUCAUUCUUUGACCACCACAAAGCGAUCAACCAUGACGGUCACACCAUGCCUUUGCUGUCAAUCAAGGUCACUGAACUCUUAGAUGGCGUUUUCAUUGGUUGUUCCAUGAAUCACUGUAUUGCUGAUGGCACUUCCUAUUGGAAUUUCUUCAAUACAUGGUCUGAGCUCUUUCAAGCAAAACCUCAAACACCUCAAGUGCAUGUUGAUGCUCCCAUAAUUUCACACAACCCCAUUCACAAUCGAUGGUUUCCACAAGGUUGCAGCGAUCGACUAAUCAACCUUCCCUUCAAACACCAUGAUGAAUUCAUAAGCAGAUAUGAAUCAACCAAGCUCAGAGACAGAAUCUUCCAUUUUUCAGCAGAGUCUAUCACAAAACUGAAAGCAAAGGCCAACUCAGAAUCAAACAGUAACAAAAUCUCUUCAUUCCAAUCCUUAUCAGCAUUUGUUUGGAAAUCCAUGACCCGCGCUCGCAACUUACAACAUGAUCAGAAAACAUCUUGCAAACUAACCGCAAACAACCGAUCGAGAAUGGAACCACCUCUGCCUGAGCAAUAUUUCGGAAACUCAGUUCAUGGGCUCGAGGCAGAAGCGACGGCGGGGGAGGUGGUUGAGAACAAUCUGGGAUGGGCGGCGUGGAAGGUGCAUGUGGCGGUUGCGAACCACGGCGAUGCGGCGGUGCAGAAGUAUGUGAAAGAGUGGUUGCUGUCUCCGAUGGUGUAUCGGAUUGAUAUGUUGGUGGAAGCGAACAGUGUGAUGAUGAGUAGUUCACCGAGGUUCAAUGUGUAUGGGAAUGAAUUUGGAAUGGGGAAAGCGGUGGCGGUUAGAAGUGGUUAUGCGAAUAAGAGUGAUGGUGAAGUGACUGCAUAUCCAGGUAGAGAAGGAGGGGGAAGUGUUGAUUUGGAAGUGUGUCUUUUGCCGGAAACAAUGGCGGCUCUGGAAUCAGAUGAGAAGUUCAUGAGCAUAGCUUCAGUGUGCAACAAUCCCAUGUGCUAGCUAUCACAAUCCAUGGCUCUCCUUCUUUUCAUUUCUCUGAUUUCAUUUGGGCUUUAUAUUUUCUGUUUUUACUUGUCCUGUUUGUCUA